UGACACAUUGACUCUGACAUUUGGUUCUGAUAAAACACCAGAUCUCUAUUUGUGUAUUUUAAUUUAUAAAAUCAAUAAAAUGUCGUCGCCUCUUGAAAACUUAGAGACCCAAUUAGAAAUGUUUAUUGAAAAUGUGAGACAAAUUCGAAUUAUUGUGAGCGACUUCCAACCACAAGGCCAAAGUGUACUGAAUCAAAAAAUACAAUCACUCGUGACUGGUUUGCAAGAGGUUGAUAAGCUGAAGUCACAGGUCCACGAUAUUCAUGUUCCUACUGAGGUCUUUGACUACAUUGACCAAGGUCGCAACCCUCAGCUAUACACAAAAGACUGCAUCGACAAGGCUCUUGCUAAAAAUGAAGAAGUCAAGGGAAAGAUUGAUUCAUACAAACGGUUCAAGAGCCACCUUCUUUCAGAGCUUUCAAAAACCUUCCCCAAUGAGAUAGCCAAAUAUAAGGCUAUUAGGGGUGGAGAGUAAAGACUCAAAAUUAGCUUUAGUCUGUAAUGUAAUUUUGUAUCCAUGUUCAUAGAUUAAGUAAAAAAAAAAUAGAUUAAGUAAAGGAAUUAUUUGUUA